AUGGCCGAAACGCAAACCGGAAAGCGCGUGAAGUACCUUCAAAGCGACAAUGGGGGUGAAUACAAGUCCGACAAGCUGGCACGAUUCUGCGCGGAACGGGGAAUACAACAAAGGUUCACACCCCCAUAUACUCCUCAGCUAAACGGAGUAGCUGAGAGAAUGAAUCGCACGCUGGUCGAGUGUGCGCGUUGCAUGAUGGAACACGCUGGACUGGGAAAGAGCUACUGGGGUGAAGCAGUGAUGACGGCGAUGUUUCUUCGAAACCGCUGUCCAACACGUGCCAUUCACCAAGACAAGUCUCCAUAUCAAGUGUGGACGAUGAAGAAACCGAUUCUGGCCAACCUUAAAGUGUUUGGAUGCCACGCGUAUGUUCAAGUGCCUCAAGACAAACGCGCGAAGUUCGACUCCAAGUCAUCACUCUGUCGUUUCCUGGGAUACGCCGAACACCAGAAGUCAUAUCGAUUUGAGGAAGUGUCAACAGGAGCGAUCAAGAUCAGUCGCGAUGCCACAUUCAUGGAAGACAAGUUUGAUGAAGGUCCGCGCAACUACAACGAUGAGUCAAGUGUCGUUGAGUUUGAUGAUCAUGAUGAGGACGAAGAAAAAGAAGAAGGUAAAACUGACGACGACAUGGACUCGAGCGACGAUGACAACGAAGACACCAGGUCUUCGAAGAGCAACAUCAAGAGACAUACGCGCACUCAAUCACUUGAGAAAGCUACCGUCAUUCCAAGUCCCAAGCGAAGAACAUACAGAGGUCCGUCGCUUGAGCAUGUUGGGGAAACGCCGACUACAUUCAAGUCGGCGAUGGAAUCAAGCGACUCCGGCAAGUGGAAAGAAGCGUGUGACUCGGAGUUCGAUUCGCUUCAGAGAAACGACACGUGGGAAAUCGUGCCUCUUCCGAAAGGUCGCAAGGCCAUCGGGUGCCGAUGGGUUUUUCGUGUAAAGGAGAAUCAAGAUGGCGAAGUUGAACGUUUCAAGGCAAGACUUGUGGCCAAAGGAUUCUCACAGAAAUUCGGAGUUGACUAUGAAGAAACUUUCGCACCGGUGGCCAAGUUCACAUCGAUUCGUGUGGUGCUCAGUAUGGCGGCUAAGUACGGCCUAAUGCUACAUCAGAUGGACGUCAAGACAGCGUUUCUUAACGGCUCCCUCAACGAAGACAUCUACAUGGACCAGCCGGACGGAUACCUGGAUGCAACACAGCCGGACUAUGUGUGCAAGCUAAAGAGAUCACUCUACGGCUUGAAGCAAUCGCCUCGCAUGUGGAACCAAACAAUCGAUGGGUUCAUGAUCAAGAUGGGAUUCAAGAAGUGCGAAUCGGACCACUGCAUCUACAUCAAGCGAGACGACCAAGACAUGAUUCUCGUGGUGCUCUACGUCGAUGAUCUCAUCCUGGCCAGCAGCAACAACGAACUCCUCAAGUCGACCAAGAUGGCGCUGAGCAAACGCUUCGAAAUGACGGAUCUCGGUGAGCUCGAUUACUUUCUCGGCAUGGAGAUCAAGAACGACCGUAAGACGGGAAUGGUGACUGUGCAACAAACCAAGUUUCUCAAGUCCGUGUUAACCAAGUUCGGAAUGGAUAACAGCAAGCCAGUGAAGACGCCUCAAGAUCCCGGCCUGAAGCUAACCAAGAACAUGUGUGAACAAGAAUGCAAGCACGAAGACACCAUGUGCAACGUGCCAUAUCGAAGUGCUGUCGGAGGCAUCAUGUAUCUCAUGGUCGCCACACGUCCGGAUCUAGCUGCUGCAGUGGGAUCAUUAUCCCAGUUCUCGUCCGACCCAUGCCCGACUCACUGGCAAGCUUUGAAGCGUGUGCUGAGAUACCUGCAAGCAACGCCCAACCAUGGUCUUGAGUUUACACGUCAAGAAGGAAGCCGUAUCUGCGGGUACACCGACGCAGACUGGGCCGGCGACAUUGAGUCAAGACGAAGUACAAGCGGCUAUGUGUUCAUGAUGAGCGGAGGAUGCAUCAGCUGGAAAAGCCAGAAACAACGGACGGUCGCGCUAUCUUCAACAGAAGCAGAAUACAUGGCGCUUUCCGAAGCAACCAAAGAAGCAGUAUGGCUCAAGGUGCUUUUGGGGGAACUUGGUGAGAUGACAAGCGACGAAGCGAUCAAGAUGUAUGAAGACAACCAAGGAUCAAUCGCUCUCGCCAAGAACCCGGAGUUCCAUAAGAGAACAAAACACAUCGACAUACGCUACCAUUUUGUGCGUGAGAAGGUGGAAUCAGGUGAAGUCGUUUUGGAGUAUUGCCCGACUCAAGAUAUGCUGGCAGACAUGAUGACCAAGCCGAUCGCCGCUGUACAAUUUGAAAACAUUCGCGAUCGACUUGGGAUCCAAGGUGCCGCAGCUAACGAGUCGAGAGGGAGUGUUGAAAAGACAGCAGCUGUGAAGAAGACACCUCGUCAAGCUGCGUCAAGUGUUGAAGCAAGUGGAAGACCAAGCUUCGCUAUACCGGUGGGUACCGGUAUGUACCAGUAA